CAUAUAUAUAAAGGGCUGGACACACCUCCAGCUGCACACCACCUCCGUUGCUUGACAGAGCUAGCUCGCUCAUACGUUGCAUUUGCAGGAAAAGAUUAGCAGAUGGGGUGGUCUCCUCCUACUUUCUCUGCAGAGCUCCGACGAUGGCUGAUUAUUGUAGCAGCUGUAGGAGGAUUGAUGGUUCUCCUCCCAUCCGCUCAAGGCUCCGUGCAUUACUACGACUUCGUCCUUACUAACACCAACUUUACGAGGCUGUGCUCGACAAAGAGUAUCGUCACAGUCAACAACAGCUUCCCCGGACCGGCGCUUCGAGUCCAGAAAGGAGAUACCGCCUUCGUUAAUGUCUAUAAUCAGGCGCCUUAUGGAGUCACCAUCCACUGGCACGGUAUCAAGCAACCCAGAAAUCCCUGGUCUGAUGGGCCCGAGUAUGUUACGCAGUGCCCCAUCCCGCCAGGAACGAACUUUACUUAUGAAGUUAUAUUUUCUUCCGAAGAAGGAACUCUCUGGUGGCAUGCGCACAGCGACUGGACACGAGCUACGGUUCAUGGAGCGAUUAUCAUUCUCCCGGCAGAGGGGACGACCUAUCCUUUCCCAGAGCCUGAUGAUGAAAAAGUCAUAUUCUUUGCAUCAUGGUACAAGGAAGACGUGAUGGCUUUAAUGGAUGAAGCACUGCGUGAGGGAGGAUUGACAACAUUGUCAGACGCCUACUGUAUAAAUGGCCAGCCUGGUGAUUUUUACAAUUGCUCCAAAGCUGACACGUAUCGACUAUCGGUUGAUUACGGCAAAACCUAUCUUCUCCGCCUUGUCAACUCCGUAGAGAAUUCCGACAUAUUCUUCAGCAUUGCGAACCACCCUUUCACUGUGGUCGGGUGGGAUGGAUCCUAUGUGAAGCCUUAUGUUACAGACUAUAUAUAUAUAACUCCGGGACAGGCGAUGGACGUUCUGGUCUCUGCAAACCAACCCCUCGGUCACUACUACAUGCUCGGGACUCCCUAUUUUGAUGGCCAGGCCGACGAUUUCGACAAGAGCAUAACCAGUGCAAUAUUUCAGUACAACGGCAACUACACUCCCACAUCCUCCCCAGUUUAUCCCUCUUCUUCCCCCGGAUUCUAUGAUAUCGACGCCGCAAAACACUUUGUCAGGCAUUUGAGGAGCUUGAACUCAGCGGAGCAUCCGAUAGAUCUCCCUGAAAAUGUCACAACUCGGAUGUAUGUGACCAUAUCAAUAACCAUGUUGAAGUGCCCUAAUGACUCGUGUGCUGGGCCUGAAGGAAAUCGGCUUGCUUCGGCCCUGAACAACAUCACCUUCGCUAACCCGUCCGUGGAUAUCUUGCAGGCAUACUACCGCAACAUAUCCGGGUACUACACAACGGACUUCCCCAACAUCCCGCCUCACUUGUUCAAUUUCACAUCCGACGAUUUAAUGACAGACAACGUGACGAUGUCUGAACAAGGAACGAAGGUGAAGGUGCUGGAGUACAAUGAGACGGUGGAGAUUGUGUUCCAAGGCACAAAUGUGAUGAACUCGGGCGAAAACCACCCCAUGCACUUGCAUGGAUUCAGAUUCUAUGUGGUUGGUAUGGGCGUGGGGGUCUUUAACAAUGAGACAGAUCCACUUAACUAUAACUUGUACGAUCCACCGGAAGCCAACACCAUUCCAAUUCCAAAGGACGGAUGGGCAACCAUCAGAUUUAGAGCCAGCAAUCCCGGAGUAUGGUAUAUGCACUGCCAUUUCGAUCGACAUAUGACCUGGGGAAUGGACACGGUUUUUAUCGUCAAAAACGGCAAAACUGCAGAGGCGAGGAUGAAGGAUCCACCGGCCUAUAUGCCUCCAUGUGGAUCAGAUUCGUUGUAUGGCACCCCCCGAUCAUUUUUGCAACGAGAGGCAUGAAGACAAAGGCGUGCGACAAGUACUUAUCGAUAUUAAUAAUACUUAUCGAUAUUGAUAAUUUUUUUUUGGUGAUGAUAAGGAAAUAUUAAUAUAUAUUCAGUUAGCCUGAUCUAUGAAAGACCCAGAUUGGUAGCUAGCUAGCUCUCCAGGGGCUCGUUUGUUUUUCAAAUAAUAAUCUAACUAUAUCUAACUCAACUCUAUUAUCUCUCAAA